CAAAUAUAUGGGAGCAAGGUUGUAAGAUUAGAGAAAGGAGAGGCCAGAGAGCAGUUGGGAGAGGGAGCAAAUCUGUUGAAUGUAUCGGAGUUGUCAGAAAGGACUAUAGAGACUCUAACAGACAUGAUCCAUAACAUAUGGCAUUAUUUUCUUUAUUUGUAUGGACUCUUCUUGGACUCUCUCUCAGUCUGUGAUAAUAACAACCGUCUCUCCACAUUAAGCAUCAAUAAGACACAGUUCCCCUCACAGUAUUUGGGACGAUGGUACUUCCUUGCAGCUGCCGCCAUACCAGGUACAACGGCUCUAGAAACCUUCACUGUAAUGGAUAAUGCAGAGUUCAGUGUUCGGCAAUGCAGGGAGGAAGAGAAGCUUGACUUCAGAGCUGCCAUCAGGAUAAAGGAUGGACCUUGUGUUCCUAGAAAAUGGAUUUACCUGCUGCCUGAGGGAAGUAUAGAACUAAGGACGGAAGGACACCCAGAUAGACUUACUCAGUUGUUCCCUCCUCGCUGCCCACACUGUGUGAUUCUAAAGGAAACAGACAACAGUUAUGCCAGACUUCUCCUCUACUCUCGGACACCUCAGUUAGAGGAAGAGUUUAUGGAAGAGUUUAAGAAGAAAUCCAGUUGCGAAGGCUACACAGAUAUUCUGACUCUUCCUCAGCAGCAAGAUUACUGCCAAAUCGAAGAUUAAGGUCCCAAAUCAAGGGCUGCCAUCACUGUCCAAAUUAAGAAAACAGACACUAUACAUUAAUAAAAAAUUUUAUAUCAA